CACAGACUUCAUCCCAAUUCGACGAUACCAAAGUCAACGACUCAGCAGACCAUGUAUUCACCCAAUGUCGAUGUUCAGGAUUAGUCAGGCUGGGGCCAAGGGCUUUGGCGUCUUUGCGACGCAGCCGAUUGCCCGCGGGACUCGCAUCAUUGCUGACAGGAUUCUGCUCUCGGUUGACAACAGAGACACGAGCGUCCUCCGCGCGGCAGCACGGCUCAGUCCCGAUGACCUCCAAGGGCUGCUGAGUCUUUCGAUGAACAAUGCCAAGCGGCAGUCAUUGAGCUACCUCGCCACCGCGGUCUCGGGGUCCUUCCCCUCCCUCGGGUCCAUCAGACAAAGAAGGGAUCUCCUCAACAUCUUUUACAACAAUAACUUUGCUCUAUCGGGACCAAAUGGCAAGCGAGCCGUGUUCCAGACCGUCGCACGGCUCAAUCAUUCUUGUGUCCCCAAUGCCCAAGGCAACCUCAACGCUGCCCUGCCCGGCAGCCAAUUCACCAUCCACGCCCUCAGGGAAAUCGCCGAAGGGGAGGAGAUCACCAUUUCGUACCUCCACAACGAGUUGGAAGUGCGCCAAGAGCGCCAGAAAUGGCUCCACGAGGGCUAUGGCUUCGAGUGUGCGUGUGAAAUAUGCAGUAUCAACAACCACCAUCCCCCGGGAGAAAGGCACGAGCAGAGCCACCAGCGCCGCCUGAAGAUCCAGCAGAUGCUGUCUGACUUUUCUGGCCGGGGCUCCACCGCUGAUGGCAUCUCCCGCGAGUUGGAAGCGACAAAGGCUGUCAUUGACACAUACGAGCAGGAGGGCCUGGCGGGCAGGGAGCUGGCUUCGCUCUACUUUGCCGCCGCCGGCCUGGCUACCGAGCUGGGACACACCAAGGAGGCGUCCGAUCUGGGUGCGAAAGGUCUACGGGUCGAACAAGACGCCGUCGGAGUUGACAGCCCUUUCUACAUUGCCAGUCUUUCAGCGUCCCGGCAGGGUCAGUUCGCUGGAAACAGGCUGGUCAGAGACCAGGUAGAUGCGAGCUCGUCUGGAUUGUCUUAUGAACCCUGGAUGUGAAUGCUGGGCAGACGAGGUGAAGCAAUGGGCAUCGAUGAUGUCUGGGUAACGCCUACCCUUAAUGGACGGGGUACCUAUUGCGAUAUGCAACCCGCGCAACCUAUGAUGAUGGGACAGGCUUAGAAACUCGAGAACGGAAAUUUGCGUACCCUUAAUCGGAAGGUGUGUACCUAUCUGCUGACUAAGAAGUAUUCUAUAUAAGAUGACUUCUUGAAAGGGCCGGCUGGGGUGAAGGGGGUGAGCCCUGGAGUGUGAAGCAUAGCGGAGGGCUGUGAGUAGGGCCGGUAGGCACAACCCGAGUUCCUAGAGGACCAACCCGCCCUAUUUAUAGUCCCUUAUCGUAAAGAAGACUUAUUUAU